UCUAAGGCCACCUUUUCUCAACCACACACAAUAAUGGAAACCUUUCUUGCUUACGCUCUUUUAUUUCUCAUACCCUUGUUCUCUUUCGUAUUCUUGUUCUUACACAAGAGACACACAAAACCACAAACAAGUCCACAGCUUCCUCCUGGUUCCAUGGGAUGGCCUCAUAUAGGAGAGACUCUUCAACUCUACUCUCAGAAUCCCAAUGUUUUCUUCGCCGCCAGACAGAAAAGGUAUGGUGAAAUAUUCAAGACCAAUAUUCUGGGUUGCCCCUCCGUGAUGCUGGCUAGUCCCGAGGCGGCUCACUUCGUGCUUGUGAGUCAUGCUCCCUUGUUUAAGCCUACAUAUCCUAAGAGCAAGGAACGCUUGAUUGGCCCCUCUGCUCUGUUUUUCCACCAAGGUCAGUACCAUAUGCGUUUGAGGAAGCUCGUUCAGGAUUCGCUUUCUCUCGAAUCACUUCGCAAAUUGGUGCCUCAUAUUCAAUCCUUGGCUGUUUCUGCCAUGGAUUCUUGGGCGGACGCGCCAGUCGUUAACACAUUUAGUGAAAUGAAAAAGUUUUCUUUCGAGGUGGGUAUCCUCCUGGUCUUUGGCCAUGUGGAGCCGAGGUUGAAAGAGGAGCUCAAGAGGAAUUACUGUAUAGUAGACAGAGGCUAUAAUUCCUUCCCCACCAGCAUUCCAGGAACCCCAUUCAAAAAGGCACUGUUGGCAAGAAAGAGACUUGACGAGAUUAUAAGAGAGAUAAUUAGCGGGCGCAAAGAGAAGAAAUUGCCUGAAAAGGAUCUCAUGGGCUGCCUAUUGAGCUGCAGAAAUGAGAACGGGGAAGUCUUGAGCGAUGAGGAAAUCUCAGAUAACAUUAUUGGAGUGUUGUUUGCUGCUCAAGACACAACAGCUAGUGUCAUGACAUGGAUAAUAAAAUACCUGCACGAUGAGCCCAAACUUCUGGAGGCUGUAACGGCGGAACAGAAGGCUAUUCACAGGUCAAAUGAUGAAGGCAACCUACAAUUGAGUUGGAAUCAGACUAGAAGCAUGCAGAUUACCAACAAGGUUGUCUUAGAGAGCUUGAGAAUGGCAAGCAUUAUAUCAUUCGCUUUCAGAGAAGCAGUGGCAGAUGUAGAUUACAAGGGGUACCUAAUACCAAAAGGAUGGAAAGUCUUGCCUCUGUUCAGAAACAUUCAUCAUAAUUCACAUUUUUUUCCCGAUCCUCAGAAAUUUAACCCUUCUAGGUUUGAGGUGGCACCAAAACCGAAUACUUUCAUGCCAUUUGGCAGUGGAGAACAUGCCUGUCCCGGCAAUCAGCUUGCUAAGCUGGAGUCGCUGAUUAUGGUCCACCAUUUGGUCACUGAGUUUAGGUGGGAAGUGAAAGGAUCACAAUUUGGGAUUCAGUAUGGCCCAUUUCCAGUGCCUGUGGAUGGAUUACCAGCCAGAUUUUGGAGAGAAUCUACCAGCUAGAAAGCAGCAUGCAAGCGUCUCCUCUAAUCAUAAUGCCUGAUCCGCCAUCUACUUUCUCUGUUAUUCACAUUUUUCUUCUGUAAUUUUCCCUAGCUGUUAUAAAAUUUUUGCCCCUUUAUUCCCAUCCUCCCACCCUCUCCCACUACUUUUCCCAAAAAAGAAAAGACGGGAAAAAAAACUCAAACGGCGGAAGGUAAUUCUUUUUCUUCAAGCAAGAUAUCUGAUAAUCAUGAUGUAUUAUAGGAUUUGAUAAUAGAAGAAGGGGUAAUGGAGCAGAA